AUGGAUGAUUAACUUAGUACUUUAAUAUUAUGUCAAAAAAAUAUCUAAGAAUUAUUCUCUCUAAAUUAGAGAUUAGAAAAGAAAUUAGAAUUGUAAGAUAAUAAAAUUUCAUAAAUUUAAUUGUUAAUAGCUUAAAGAAAUGAAGAUUUUUUAUUGACUAUUGAGAAAUAUACACCUCUUAAAUUAUUUAGAGAAGAAACAACCUAUUUAAGAAAUUUCUUAGAACAAAAAACUAAAGCAUUUUAAAAUCAAUUCGAUUAAUUACAAUAGUAUUAAAUCAUCUAAAAUAUCAAAGAUAAUAAACAAGAUAAAUGCAAAUUUUGAAGGAAGAAAAUUAAUAACAUCAUUAAACAAUAAUAGAGAAGGUUUCCAGAACAGCCAAUACAGUUUUGUUUGAAAUGGAAUAAAUUGAAAAGAAAAUUCAUUCAAAAACUGUAAUCAUGAUUGAAGAACUAACAUAGAAAUCAGCUGAAAUGGAAUAAAACAUAAUGAAAUUAUUCUAAUAAAAAUAAAAACUAUUAGAAAAAUUAGCAUUAAGUUAAGAAAACUCAAAUACAAAAUUAAAUGCAUUUGAAAAUACAUUAAAUUAAUAACUUAAUAAUAUAUCCAAAAUACAAUACACAACCUAAAAAUAAACUCCAAAUCAAAGUGCUAGAAAAUUAACAUUCGAUAAUGCUGAAGUCCCUAUUGAUUUUUUCAAAAGAUAAGAGGAUGUUCUCAACUUUAUGACAGCAAGCAUUAGAAAUAUAGAGAAGAAAUUGGCAGAAACAGAAUAGAAACCAAAAUUAAAAAGAGAACUAAGUUUUGAUUAAUUUUCUGUUUAAUGGUCAUAACAAAAACCUAAUCAUUAAUAACAUUCUUCAUUACCUUCUAGUUCUAUCAAACCUAUAUUAAUCAAAGAAGAACAAAUUAGCGAAUUAAACAAUAAUAAAUCUUCUAGAAAUGAUUAUGAUAAAUCAUAAAUAUAAGAAUUAGCUAGAAAUGUUGCAGAAACAUUAACAUCUGAAUUGAAAUCCCCUAUUUAACAAUACAAUAGAGAUAUUUCAAAAAUACCUAUAUUAAUAAAAAAAUCACCUAAUCCUAUAAUAGCAAGUCCAAUACCUAAUUUUUUAUGA